CUCAAAAUCUAUGUUUUUUUCGUGUCUAUUCCUAUUGAUGUCGAGAUGAUCCAUUUGAAUAUAUUUGAGCUUCAAAUCGACCUCUUAAAUGUUUUAGGUGGGCUCUAAUUGGAUUGCUCCAAUUUUUUAGGUGCGCUCUAAUUUGACUGUUCAUACCCUCGGCUCUGUAUAAACCUUUUCACUCUUUUAAACACGGUGAGAAUCCCUAUAAAUAUCCCUCUCUCGUAAGGAGCUCAAGCUGAGAGCCAUGGCGGAAGACCUUUUCUCUUAUAAAACAUGUGGAGCACGACCCAAGCUAGGAAAAAUAGCGGAAGAUGUGGAGAAGAGGUUUGAGAAUGUCAUGAACAAAUUGUCAACUUCUAAAUGUUCUUUUGGCACGACACCUACUUCUAUGGCGAAGUCUGCUUCAUCGAUGCCUGAAACCCCGCUUGAGGCGAAUCCAGUGGGUCUGCAACUGCAUUCGAGGUCUUCAAAAGAUGCCCUCAAUGGAGCUUCAUCUCCUCCUUUAUGCAGGCCAUGGGACAGAGGGGAUUUUCUUCGGAGACUAUCAACUUUCAAGGCCGUGACAUGGUUUGCCAAACCUAAGAUAGUUAAUCCUGUAAACUGUGCUCGAAGAGGCUGGAUAAAUGUUGAGCGGGACACUAUAGCUUGUGAAGCUUGUGGUGCUCGCCUUCUUUUCUGUACUCCUUCAUCCUGGACACCACAGCAAGAUGAGAAGGCUGCUGCAGUUUUUAGCUUGAAGCUGGAUCAUGGACAUAAACCCCUAUGCCCAUGGAAAGACAAUAUAUGUGAGGAGAGUUUGGCACACUUUCCUCGAGUGCCAGUUCCAACUUUAAUAAAAAGUUACAGAAAACGUUUUGAUGCACUUGCACAUCUUUCUUCUCUGCCUAUAGUUUCAUCUUCUGCCAUUGAUUGUAUGCGGGACCCCCAAUUAGAUAUUUUUCUUUCACAAUCUCCUCCACUUGAGAAAUCAACAUCUGAAUAUGGUAGCACUGCUCCUGGGGGAGUGGAUUUUGUGGAUCAUUCUGAAGCUGCUUCUGCUGACUUAUAUUACAAGGCACAGAAGAUUAUCAGUUUAUGCGGAUGGGAGCCACGUGUGCUUCCUUAUGUAAUUGAAUGUGAGGAUCAUCCAUCUCUGCCUUCAAAAUGUCCAUCCCCUUCACAGCGUUCACAAUGCCUUCUUCAGGUACAAACUCCUACCAUUUUGUUAAACUCAAAGAGCGGAGAUGAUGAGGCUGCUGUAUUAAAAGAAAGUAAUACCUCCUUCAAGGAAAAAGAGUACGAUCCAGCUUCUGUGGUGUUGGAUUGCAAGCUCUGUGGAGCCAGCAUAGCAUUAUGGACAUUUUCUACAGUACCACAACCCUUGCAGUCCUUUAACUUGAUUGAACAAGUUGAAGUUCAUGGUAUUGACUCUCGUUGUUCAACUAUUGCUUGUUACAUUUCAAAUGCAUCAGGGGUUGAGGGUGCGAGUAAUGAGCACCGAAUUGCUAAUUGUGAAAUCUUUCAUGAUGACAGUGCCAAGGAAAUAUCAACAAAACAAAACGAUAGAAAUCCAAGUUUAAACCUUAGUAUAGCAGGUGGACCUCUACCCACAAAACAAAAAUUUCAUGUGACAGUUUCUCUGCCAAUCAUGACUAGACAUCUCUUAGCAGGUUCAAAUAGUGAGAGACGAAACUGGGCAUUGUUACCUUUGCCACAAGAGCAACAAGACUAUAUGCAAUCUACUGCACAUGAUAUUAAUUCUGCACAGUGUCGAAACAAACAUGAUCAACAUUAUGUUCAUGGACAACAAGGAGAAAGAGUUGCAACUGGAGGAAUGUCUAAGCGGAGGAGAAGUGAGGAGGCCUCUCUACCUACAAACCAUCUUGAUCCUAUAUCCUUAGAUGAGAAAUUCAGUGAAGUAAAUGACACCCCAAUGGACAAAACAUUUUCUUCUGAAGGAGAAUCUUCCAAGAAGCAGCGACAGUCAUCUGUGAAUGCAAUUGGUGCAUGCCAUACUGUGAUAGAGAAUUCAACAGAGAGUGUAGAAAACAGGCCUCAAGAUUCAUUUGAAAGUGGUGUGAUCUUUGAAGGUUCCAGGGCUAAUGACUUGGGCUUAGAAGUUGGUGAACGCAAUUUUGCCAAUGGAUUGCCAACUUCCUCUACAAAGGGUGCUGAGAUUGACAACGAAUUACCGAAGCCAUCGAGUAAUGGCUGCCACCAGUCGGAUGAAAUUAUUCCUGCGAACAAUGAAAAACAGCAUAAGAGUAGCAUUGAAGAUGGCCAGCCUGCUUUGUCCAAAAUACCUACUUGUUUGGUGACAUCUACACCUUUGAUUGCCUUUAAUGGUGUGUCUUGUGAAAAUAAAGUUACUAGUGAUUCUGUGGCAGCUCUUGGAUCAGGGACCAACAAGGAAUUCGAUCCCAUCAAGCAUCAUAGGUAUUACUGUCCCUGGAUCACUUCAUCAGGAAACUCAGACACAGGUCUAGCAGGGUGGCAACAAACUCUUUCAGCUUUGCUCAAAUCGGAAGAAGCCGCUACUCAUGAUUCACCAAUGAGCCCGGCCUCAACUUCUUUGAGAUAUGAGGUUGAUCCCGUUGCUUCAAUUCGAAAGCUGUUUCAGUCUCCUUCUUCAAAGAGAAUGAAGAGUGCAUGAACUGGAUUUAAGGUUUCAGAAUGGUGAUCUUGAGUGGUAUUAAUUUGGAGAGAUGCAGCAGAAAGCCUGUCAAAACUAUGUAAUUGUCUGUAAAUUUUGGGGUGUUUGGUUUUGAUCAUUUGAAGGAUGGGUUGUUUGAACUUCUGCGCUGGAACAUAAUUAGAUAGUGGCCCAGGAGAGAUGAGUUUAGACUGAGGUUUGGAUAUGGUUGUCCUUCCUCUGAUUUAAGAAAGUUGUGAUAUCAGGUUCUGUGGGUCCUAUGGUAUGUGAUAAUUUUGCCUCAUAAAAUAAUUUCCUCAUAGAACUUUUUCACAUAAAGAUAAGAAGAAUGCUUGAAGAUCUGUAUAAAAACAUUUUGGGUUGAAGUUGGGCUGUCGGUUAUCUUCUUACCAUAAUCUGAGAGGCAUUUCAUCAGGU